CCGUUCGCACAACCGAUUCCAUUUGUAAAUUACAGUCAACAGCUGCUCAACUAACUGCCUGUUGCUAUUAUCAACUUAACCAUAAUAUAUUAUAUUUCUUCCAACUUCCGUCUAAAAUAUACUAUGAAUAAAUAAUAUACCUAGCUUUUUUUUUUUUACACACCAAACACGGUUAUAGUUUACACGUAAAUAGGUCAGCGGCUUACGACCAAAAGACCAAACAGCUUCGGUUAAUCGGCCGUUUACCGAGGCUAAAGAUAACACCGAUAAAUACAACUCGUGUUUGAUGAUUGUAUAUUUAUAUUAUAAUAAUAGAUUAUAGUAUUACUGUUGUGAAUUUUGUGAUUAACCGCAUUUCAUGUAGUAGCCGAACGGAAUAAUGUCUGCCUAAAUGCCAAACGUCUUAUCACCCGAGUGUUGUACCCAUAGACAAGUAUACUACUGGUUGUACCUACCUAAGUAAUAAUAAAUCGGCGCUAUUUAUUGGACAACACAAUAUUAUUUUGAGUAUUGUAUAAAAGCGUAUGUGCGGUGUGUUUCGACCAAAGCACAUGCCAGCAGUAUUAGUCAACUGGGUAGUCCGGUUGAAAAACAAGAUACAGACAACGUCGGGCCUAAGGCUUUUGGCCAAAAUGGUGUCGACCGUGGCUAUCAAAUCUUUGGCCGGACGCAGGUGUUACUCGAUUGUCGAUCGUCAAGUCUCAACAAAGGUCCAGCAAAAAAAAGUCACGACCACCAAUCAGUUAACCCUAAUGGUUAGCGGUGGAAAUGAAGCGAAUAAAAACAAAGGAUGUGACAGCCAGUAUUACGUGGCGGCUGUCGUCGAAUAUUUGCCCACAUUAGGCUCAAACCCGUUGCAGUCUAUCCAAAAGAAUCUUCCGGUAUACGAAGACAUCAUAGCAAACGCUAGUCAAUACGAUGUAGACAUAUUGGUUUUCCCGGAGGGCGGCCUCACCGGGCUCACCUUGCCCGACGACAGAAAAGACAUCCAACAAUUUGUUACAGAAAUCCCUUCGCCGGAAAGCAAUACCAUCCCUUGUUUUACGGACAAAUGCAGCAUAAUAUUGAAAAAAUUGUCGUGCGCCGCUCGUCUGAAUCGCAUCUAUGUGGUGGUCAACUUGCCGGAAAUCGAAUAUUGUAGUAAAGAAGAAGACCCUUCGUGUGCGGACGACCUGGCCAAUUAUUACAAUACAAACGUGGUUUUCGACAGACAAGGAACAAUAGUAGCCAGGUACAGGAAAUUUAAUUUAUUUAGAGAAGGUGGUUUCAACGUUACCCACUCGUCAGAACUAUGCACGUUCGAUACUGACUUUGGGGUUCGGUUUGGAAUGUUCAUAUGUUUUGACAUAUUAUUUCAAAAUCCGGCGAAUCUUGUCAUUCAAGAAAAAGGCGUCAAGGACGUAGUGUAUUCCACGGCUUGGUUUUCAGAAAUCCCUCUGCUUACGGCCGAUUCGGUUCAGUCCGGUUGGGCGUACACCAACGACGUGAAUCUAAUAGCGGCCGGUUACAAUACACCUUCGAUGAGCGUGGGCGGCAGUGGUAUAUACGCCGGCCGCGAUGGUCCUUUGGUCAUGGUCAUGCCCGAUCGACCAGGAACGCAGAUACUGUUGUCCAGAGUACUCAAACGACAGUUUCCCGAUCCGGACACCAUAUGCAAAAGCAAGUGCUCGAUUGAUAAGACGUUCAUGACGUUCAUGUCCGACGGUUUAGUCUUGCCUUAUGGAAAAGAAAAAUGUCCAAUCAACAUCAACCGACCCAGCGAUCUCAGGUUCUUCAUGGACAAGAGUUUCAAGUACUUCCACGUGGAGACGAUGCGGUCGGAGCUGGAGCAGGACGACACGUUGACCGCGUCGAUGGAGUACGAACAGGACGGUUUCGCGUGCGCCAUGACCGUGAGCUGGCGGAACGAGAACAACAACGCGACCACGGACUACAACAUGUUCGCGUACUCGGGCCGACGGACCUUCGGCGAUUUCCUCAGCGCGCACGUGGAGACGUGCGGCCUGACCGCGUACAAGUACAGGGACUCUUCGGCCGGCGGCGGCGGGGUGUCCUACUACGACCCGCCCAAGAGUCUGGUGACCAUCACGGCCAUCGACAUCGUGGCCCGGACGUCGGACCUGACCACGGCCGUCAUACCCACCACGUUGAACACCGCCAGCUAUCCGCUGACCAACGAUUACUUCACGUUCGCCAAGCGGACCGUCGCCGCCGAGGACGGCCGCAAAGUGCUCGAAGUCAGCAUGCAGCUGUGCAAGCCCGUCGCCAACCUGAUCACUUUCGGCUUGUACAAACUGCCCCGGACCGACGUGGCGGUCAACUGAUCAAGCCAUCCCCGCCCCACCCCACCUCGCCCCCACCUACUCCCAGGCGAAACCCGGUUAAGGCUUACUGCAGCUUCGUCUGGCAUCGCGUCACGUGUGUGUUGUUAUGGAAAACGUGCGACGAAAGGACCAAAUUGUAUUAUUAAAUCAUUUUUUUUUUUUUUAUCGUUUAGUACUUAGUUGUUAGUAUAAAAUUGUCCAAUCUUAAUAUAACGAUUUUUUCCGCCCUACAAUAACCGUAAAUCUUGGCACAUUGUAAUAUUACAUGUUUUUUUUUCUUCUAUAAUGUCUGUAUUGGUGGUAAAAAAAAAAAAAUAUGAUAGUAUACGAUUAUGACGGCAACAAUGAUAACCGACAAAACGGGACCGCAUCGAGUGCCUAUAAUGGAUUAUGUUUAUUUUAGUAUACCGUUGAUCUCUAUGUAAAUGUAUAGUAGUUAAUGUAUUUAGUUUCGCGUAAGUUAACUUGUAAAAAUAUAUUUAUAAAUAUUUAAAGGUAAUUCUGGCUUUUUUAUAUAUAUAUAUAUGAUCAAAACUGCUUUUGUUACCGAAAAUUGUAUACUUUCAACGCUUGUUCGAUGUAUGUAAAUCUUUUAAAAAUUUUGUAUUAGAAAUAAAGAUGUACAACGUUUAUGCCGUUACGCUCUCGUGAUUAAUGUAAAUCUUAGUUUAUCGCGAAAAUUUCAUCUUUACUAUACUAUUUAAACGAGAGUAAACAAAUUAUAAGUAAUGGUCCCAUUAAAAUAGUGGGUAGUCGACUAGACUAUUAUGCGAUGGGUAUGGAAAACGUCGUUGUAUUGGUUUAAUGUUGCAUACUUGCUUUGUUAUUACAAUUUUACAAUUAGCCCCCCCCCCCCUAUAAAAAAAUUGAAUAUUCAAACGAACAUAUUUUAAGAUCAUAGUAACUGUUUGCUUACAACAGUAAAUGUGUGUAUAAUAGUAACUAGUGAUAUUAUUUUUGUCGGUAUACUUAAACCUUGUGCAAUUUAUUAGAUUAGACCUUAAAUCGGAUGUAGACACCAAAACAACACAAUAUUGAAUAUUAUAAGUAUGACGAAUAAUUUAACGUUCAGAGUUCAGAGUUCGCCGUACCUGCUCGUGAAUAAUUAUUACUUUUAAAAAACCAUUUUUUUUUUCAUGUUUCAUGUAUUUUGUUUCAUCUUAAUAGACAUUUUUGCAUAACACUGCCAACACAUGUUAUGAAAAUGCAAAAUUAAUUCGGUAAUCCUUCAAUCACAGUAAACACCCUCAGCACAUAAAAUAUGUACCUACCUACUUAAUAUGUCUGAUGUCAUGCACAAUUCAGGAUUAUUAUAGUAGCUGUUUUUAGAUAACACUGUGGUCCUUAUACGGAUCAUCAAGUAUAUAACAUGUUUAUGUUAAUUUAUUUAUUUUUUUAUUUACUUAAUUUAUAUUAUUUUGUGUCUCAAUAAACGACUGAACCACCUGUA